AUGAAUUUUUGGUGUUUAGUCGUACAAACAAAUUUUGUUCGUACGCUUGCCAGUCAACAAGGAAAAGGUCCAAUGGAUUAUGUAAAACAAGGUGUUGAUCAACUUGGUCAAGCUGCUGAAAAGGUUAAAGAAGCUGUUAGUAAUGCAACAUCCGGUAUUAUGGGUGAAAAUCCUACCAGUAAGUUUCAGUUAAUCAUCACUGUUAAAUAA